AUGUCUUUGCUGUUGGUGGACUCGACCUAUUGGCUUCACACAGCUCAAGUUAUAUGGUCCAUCCUCUUAAAAACAUUCUUUACUGCAAUUAAAACUGUACCGUGUCCGUGCAUGGUGCUUGCUUGCCGUUCAAAAGCCGAUUAUUGCGGAUUAUUCUCACUAUCACCAUACGUUAAAGGAGCAGCAGUUCCAGCAAUCAAACCCCACCUCACUUCUAUUCGAGCUCGAGCUCAAACGGAGCUGGAAAGUAUCCUUAAACAUGUUCGAGGAGACAAAUGUUUGGUGAUUGAUCCGAAGCUUAGUGGGUCUCUGUCACUUCUGGUCCAAAGCUCGGAACUGAAGGGAAGGGGAAGAGAUUUUGUUCCAAUUGUAGACUUUAUUAAAAUUCGGAAAUUUAUCGUCUCGAGCCUCGGAAGCAAUAUCCUUAGUAUGGCCGCUUUCAGAGAUAUCACUUUCUCGAUCAUCUUCUCAAAUGACCUAAGUAUAUAUGGUUCAGAGGAUGAAGAUGAAGAGUUAAAAGGAGAGGACAAACGAGAAGAAGAAGAGGAGGACGAAGAAAUUGGCUGCUUCUGA